ACAUAGAACUCUCCCCACAUUUAAUUCUACCCAAAAAAAUUAAAAAUUAAAAAUUAAAAAAAUAUUUUUUUUCUCACCCAUAAAUUCUUCCCACACUAUACUCAUUUAGACCUUCAUAAAACAAACACUAAUUUCUAGAAACCGCCGUACUACCACCAACAUGACGGCCAAGGACUGCGGCCACGACGACGACGACCACCACAAGAAACUCCAGCGCCGCCUCUUCGCCGCCGCACUCGGCUUCGUCAUCGUCGUCCUCUUCCUCAUCCUCCUCGUAUGGCUGAUCCUCCGCCCCACGAAGCCGCACUUCAUCCUCCAAGACGCCACCGUGUACGCCUUCAACCUCUCCUCCGCCGCCACCACCCUCACCACCACCCUCCAAAUCACGAUCUCCUCCCGGAACCCCAACGACAGAAUCGGCAUCUACUACGACAAAAUCGACGUCUACGCCGCCUACCACGGCCAGCAGAUCACCCUCCCCACGCUUCUUCCGGCCAACUACCAGGGCCACAAGGACGUCACCGUCUGGUCGCCGUUUCUGUACGGUAACGCCGUUCCGGUGGCUCCGUACACCGGAGUUUCACUGACACAGGAUCAGAUCGCCGGAACGGUGCUGGUGAACAUCAAAAUCGACGGCAGGGUUAGGUGGAAAGUAGGGACGUUUAUCUCCGGGAAGUACCACCUGUACGUGAAUUGUCCGGCGUAUAUAAAUUACGGCGGCCGGAAUAAUGGGGUCGCCGUUGGGCCGGCGGUGAUUAAGUAUCAGUUGAUCUUGGAUUGCCAUGUUGAUGUUUGAGCUUUCAUUAUUAUUCAUUAAAAGAAUUAAAAAAAAAUUAAUUAGUAAAUUCUUUUUUAGGGGAAAAAUACCGUUUUGGUCCCUUAUAUUUGCAUCGACUCCACAAUUGGUCCUCGCGUUCACAAAUAAUAUACAUUUGGUCUCUCGUGUUUCAAAAAUUCUACACUUUUAGUCAUUUCCGUCAAUUUUUCGUUAGUACUAACAGAAUCAAGCGUGUGCCCAUCACUGCAUUAACAGACGGACUAACGGUAAAUUGACGAAAAUAACCAAAAGUGUUUAAUUAUUGAAACACGAGGGAUCAAAUGUAUUUUUUGUGAACUUGGGGGACCAAAUGUAAAAUAAGUGUAAACUUGAGGGGUGAAAAUUGUAAUAUUCACUAUUCUUUGGUGUAUCUUUAUUUAUAGAAAAGUAUUUUUAAUUCG